UCCUGAUAAUCCAGCACCAAAUCCAUCACCAAAUCCACCACCAAGUCCUGAUAAUCCAGCACCAAAUCCAUCACCAAAUCCACCACCAAGUCCUGAUAAUCCAGCACCAAAUCCAUCACCAAAUCCACCACCAAGUCCUGAUAAUCCAGCACCAAAUCCAUCACCAAAUCCACCACCAAGUCCUGAUAAUCCAGCACCAAAUCCAUCACCAAAUCCACCACCAAGUCCUGAUAAUCCAUCACCAAAACCCGAUAAUCCAUCACCAAAUCCAUCACCAAAUCCUGAACCAUGUACAAAAGCUGAUGAUCCAAGAUGUGAACGUAAAACAACAGAUCCAACAGUGGUCAGCACAACAGAAGAGAAUGAAGUAAUCACAGAUCCACCAAUACCUACAAAAACCACAACAUCCCAAACCCAAUUAGGCUCAAGCCAAAAAAAAUCAACCAUAACACAAUUCAAAACAUACACCACCACUUCAACAUUAUAUUUCCCAGGAUACACCACUUAUACAUCUUCAACAGGGGACAAUGGACAAUUAACAACAUAUGCAACUUACAUUCCACCAAGUACUGUUGUGGUGGUCAAGAAAGUUACCUCAGCAACUGUAGAGGAAAUUCAAGAAAGUAAUUCUGUUUCAGCUGGACAUCUUGAUCUGGAACUCUCAAUUUAUAAUUUAUACAGCAUUGCUACAUCAUUAUUUGUUAUUUCUGUGACAAUGCUUUAUUUAAUUAUUGCUUAA